UGCUCAUCGAUCUCGCUACAUCAUCUUCUUUAGUGCGGCGUUUGUUGGAGACAAACCCUAGUUCUUUUGUAAACAAUCAGGGAGAGAUGGCGGAUGAAGCUAACACAGAUGUCAACGCACCGAAGACCAAGGAUAUACGGAACUAUCUCUGCCAGUAUUGCGGAAUCCGCAGAUCGAAAAAGUAUCUCAUCACUUCACACAUCAAUUCGCAUCAUAAGAUGGAAGUUGAAGAGGAGAGAAAUGAUGAACCUUGUGAGGAUGAAGAAGAGGUCUCUGGUAAACAUAAUUGCUUGGAAUGUGAUGCUGAGUUUAAGAAACCUGCUCACUUGAAGCAGCAUAUGCAGAGCCAUUCCCUCGAGAGACCUUUCACGUGCUAUGUCGAUGAUUGUGAUGUUAGCUAUAGGAGAAAAGAUCAUCUCAAUAGGCAUCUUCUUACCCAUAAAGGGAAGCUAUUUAAGUGUCCAAUGGAGAAUUGCGAAAGGGAGUUUUCAGUACAGGGCAAUGUCAGUAGGCAUGUUAAGAAACUUCAUAGUGAUGGCGGUAGUGGCAAGGACGUUAAGCUAUUUAAGUGUCCAGUGGAGAAUUGCAAGAGUGAGUUCUCAGUACAAGGAAAUGUCGGCAGGCAUGUGAAGAAAUUUCACAGUAAUGUCGAUAGCCGUAAGGACAACACUUGUAAUGGCGAUAGUGGUAAGGACGAUACUGGCAAUGGCGAUUCUCAACCCUCGGAAUGUGCAGCUGGUCAGAUGCAGCAUGUCUGCAAAGAAAUUGGUUGUGGAAAGGCCUUUAAGUAUGCUUCACAGCUUCAAAAGCACCAGGAUUCUCAUGUGAAAUUGGACUCGGUGGAGGCAUUUUGCUCUGAACUUGGGUGUAUGAAGUACUUUACAAACGAGGAAUGUCUCAAGGGGCACAUGAGAUCCUGCCAUCAGCACAUCAACUGCGAGAUAUGCGGUUCUAAGCAUUUGAAGAAGAACAUCAAGAGACACCUUAGGACUCAUGAUGAGGAUUCCUCAACAGGAGAGUUCAAGUGUGAAGUUGAGGGUUGCUCUUCGUCAUUCUCAAAGGCUUCUAAUCUUCAGAAACACGUGAAGGCUGUUCAUGAGGAUAUCCGACCCUUUGUAUGUGGCUUUCCAGGUUGUGGCAUGAGUUUUGCGUACAAGCAUGUCAGAAACAACCACGAGAACUCCAAUUCCCACAUAUAUACCUGCGGUGAUUUCAUUGAAGCUGAUGAAGAUUUCACCUCAAGGCCAAGAGGUGGACUAAAGAGGAAGCAUGUUACUGCAGAAAUGCUGAUACGGAAGAGGGUCAUGCCUCCUCAGUUUGAUUCAGAAGAACAACACGAGACUUGCUAGUUUCACAAGCCGUAAUAUAUUAUUAGUCUUAAGAUGGUUUCAUUAUGUGUAAAGCUUGUUUGUUUGUUUUCCCACUCAAUAUUAGUAAUAGUAAAUGUAAAAUUUUCGAAACAAGCUUGCUAGAAUUUUACAAUUUUGUUUCACCAGGUAUAAGAUAAGGUAAAUGAUCAACACUUUACUUAGUUCGACGAUCUUAUGGCUCUCGUCUGAGUCGUCUCGUCCAUAAUGAAAGUGACAA